CCUCUCCCACUCCCACAUUCGCUUUGAUCAACUUUUCAGAGAAAUAGAGAGAUUUAGCUCUUAGAGAGAGAAAGGGGUGUAGAAAGCAGCUAGAGUCAAUCAGUGACCAUGUCUCUGGGCUAUGCAGAGAAGCUUUCGUACAUAGAAGAUGUGGGAAAAGUUGGAAUGGCGGAAUAUUUCGACUCGCCUUACAUUUUGCAAGAAAAAGUGGGUUUUCUGUACUUAAUCCUGGAGAAAAGUAAGCAUCUGGUGGUGUUUACAGGUGCAGGAAUAUCAACUUCUUGUGGUAUACCUGAUUUCCGAGGCCCCAAAGGAAUAUGGACACUUCAGCGUGAAGGUCAAGCCUUGCCUGAAGCAUCAUUGCCUUUUCACCGUGCAAUGCCUAGCCUGACUCAUAUAGCAUUGGUUGAACUAGAGAAGGCUGGUAUUUUGAAGUUUCUUAUUAGUCAGAAUGUUGAUGGCCUCCAUCUUUGGUCCGGGAUUCCAAGGGAGAAACUUGCUGAAUUGCAUGGAAAUUCCUUUAUGGAAGCUUGCCCUUCCUGUGGAGUCGAGUACUUGCGGGACUUUGAGUUGGAAACUAUUGGUUUGAAGGAGACAUCAAGACGUUGUUCUGAUGCAAAAUGUGGAGCAAAACUUAAGGAUACGGUUCUUGACUGGGAGGAUGCCUUACCCUCGAAGGAGAUGGAUCCUGCUGAGAAGCACUGCAGGAUGGCUGAUGUUGUAUUAUGUUUGGGGGCGAGUUUGCAAAUAACUCCAGCAUGUAACCUUCCUCUUAAAUCACUCCGUGGUGGGGGAAAGAUUGUCAUUGUGAAUCUUCAGAAAACCCCAAAGGACAAGAAAGCAAGUUUGGUGAUCCACGGGUGUGUAGAUAAGGUUAUUGCAGGUGUCAUGGACUCACUUAACCUGCAGAUUCCGCCAUUUGUCAGGAUUGAUCUUUUCCAUGUCAUUCUAACUCAAGCCUUGAGUAUAGAUAAAAAAUAUGUGAACUGGACCCUCCAAGUAGCAAGUGUACACGGACACAGAGCCCCACUGCCAUUCAUCAAAUCUGUUGAGGUUUCCUUCUUGGACAAGCAUGAUUAUAAAGCAGCUAUUCUACAUAUGCAACCACUUUGGUUAAAAAGGAGAACCAUGCGGACAAGAUCAUUUGAAUUGCUUUUAAAACUCAACUUCAGUAAUGGUUGUGGCUGUCAGUCCGCUGAAAUUAAUAUCCCUGUUGACUUUAAGGUUUCAACUGAUUGUUUUAACAGUGAGAAAGAUGCCAUACUUAAGAAGCUUAGAGACACAGCAAUUCGUGAUUUAUGCUGUGGACUGAAUGCAGUUAUUGAGAGGAAGGCCACCUUGACCCUGAAAAGUGAGGUUACUGUCUAUGCCAUUGUGACAAACAUUGUUCAAUACAAUAAAACCUCCAAAGGUUCAGCAGAUUCUGUCAGUAACAGCGAUGUUAAAAGGCGAAAAGAAAGUGUAAACGGUACUGGAACAUCUAAGAAGUGGUCACAAGGUCGUAAGCGCAAAUUUAGAUAUUAG